AUGUUCUCCCGGGCCGCCUACAAGGAAGUGAGGGAAUAUUUCCGAGAUGUUGUUGAAUAUCUAAUCAACAACAUCAUCAAUCCGGAUUUCCCUCGCUCACUUGAGCGGUACCGCUUGGCCUUCGAGAAGCUUGAUGGCCAAACCAAGGGCCCAACAAGGGCCCAGUUCAUGUCGAUAAUGUGGGUGCGUGAUUUCCGCAACGCGCUCUGUGCCCGGCCCACAAUCGGCAUCAAGGUCGUUGACGAGGACAUGCCGAGGGAGGAGCAUCCUUUGUGUGGUGCGUGGCCUGAGGUCCGGACGCACGUUGCCUCGUUCUCGGCCAGACUGUUCGGAGAGCCCUAUCUCCUGGACACUCUGGAGCCUCUUGGCAACGUCCCCGAGACCGAUCGGGAGGGGAGGAUCUUACCCCAGGCCAACAGGCGCAUCUAUCCUAGGCGCCACAUGAAAGAGGAGGAUAUAGCCCGCCGGGGAGAGAUGAGUGCGGAGAAAAAGGCCAAGAAUGCCUCUCGCGUGCUCGAGGAGAUGGACGAGGGUGAGAUGUGGGUGCUCUGGCGCCAAUUCGAACGGGUGAUGACCCAAGCCCGUGGCCACUUCGUCCUCCGCAAGCGUGAAGAGGAAGUCGGAAACUGA